AUGACCAAGCCUUUCCCCGUCGACGGAGGCAUGACCUCGUUCUGGCGCUCCCAGCCAGAUGUCCUGGACAAUCAUCGGUCGACUGAGACGCUUCCCGAAUCCAGUGAUAUCGUCAUCAUCGGUGCUGGUUAUACCGGGGCAGCAACGGCGUAUCAUUGUCUUGAGCAGAGUCAGAGCACGGGGAAGGGGAAGCCAUCUCUCGUGGUACUGGAAGCGAGACAGGCUUGCUCGGGGGCAACGGGCCGAAAUGGAGGUCACCUCAAACCCGAUGUCUACAACGGCAUUAGCACCCUAGCGAGCGACCAUGGCAUCGAAGCAGCAGCUGAAGUUGCUACGUUUGAAAUGAAGAAUCUCCAGGCCGUUGAGGCCUUUGUCGAGAAAGAGAAGAUCGAGUGCGAUUUGAAAGUCGCGCAUGCGAUUGAUGCUCAGCUGGAUGAUGCGCACUAUGCCAAACUCAAGGCUGGAUUGGAAUCUCUGGUAGCGAAUGGAUCGGAAGCGACUAAGCUUGUUGAAAUGAACACUGGAGAGAAGGCAGAAGUUUUUUCAGGCGUGAAGGGUGCGCGAGGCUGCUUCAGCUAUGAUGCCGGACGACUUUGGCCGUACAAGCUUGUGGUCCAUCUCCUCAACAAAGCAAUAGCUAGCGGGGCAAACCUACAGACAUACACACCCGUCCUGCAAGUAUCUGAAAUCCCAGACAAGGAUGGACAUUGGACAGUAACGACCAAACGGGGUUUAAUCCGCGCAAAGCACGUCGUGUACGCCUGCAACGCUUACACGUCAGCCCUAGCCCCGGAGUUCCAGAAUCACAUCAUUCCGGUGCGAGGCAUCUGCAGUCGUAUCGUUGUUCCCAACCCGCCCACAAAGCCGUUGGACAGCUCGUACACAUUACGGUUCAAUAACUGGGAUUAUGACUACUUGAUUCCAAGACCGGAUGGAAGUAUUGUCGUCGGAGGGGGACGGUCAAUGUAUCUGCGUGAACCGGGUAACUGGUACAACGUUACAGAUGACAGCAGGUUGAUUGAUUCGGCGGCCCGGUACUUUGACGAUUACAUGCAACGGCAUUUUCAUGGGUGGGAGGAUACGGGGGCGUAUACUGAUCGUGUCUGGACGGGAAUCAUGGGAUAUACAACGGAUCUCCUGCCACACAUCGGACCUAUACCCGGGAAGCCUGGACAAAUAGUUAUUGCCGGGUUCAACGGUCAUGGGAUGCCUCAGAUUUUCCUGUCAGCCCUGGGGGUUGCACGGAUGUUGGUCGAGGGUACAGAGUAUAGCAAUAUCGGCCUUCCGCGGUUAUUCGAGGUGACGCUUGAGAGACUGAAGAGCAAGGAGAAUCGCAUUCUCCAUGGAAUCCUGUCGACAUCGGACGCAGGGGAGAGCCGGUUGUAG